AUGGCUAAUCCAUCAUUCCUUCCAUUUAUCCUUCUUCUUUCAUCUCUAUCUUCCGCCAUAACCGCCAGAAACCCCUACAUUCCACCACCACCUGGCCUCACCCUCAACCACUACGCUAAAUCUUGCCCUAGAUUCCAUGAAAUCGUUCAACAAAUCGUCGUACCUAAACAAUCUGCCAACCCCACCACCGCCGCCGCCACCCUCCGCCUCUUCUUCCAUGAUUGCAUGGUGGGUGGCUGCGACGCCUCCGUCCUCAUCUCCUCCAAUGCAUAUAACAAAGCUGAAAAAGAUCAAGACAUUAACGAGUCGCUCGCCGGAGAUGGAUUCGACGUCGUAACUCGCGUCAAAACGGCUCUUGAAAUUGAAUGCCCCGGCGUCGUUUCGUGCUCCGACAUCCUCGCCGUCACCACCAGAGACCUUAUUAUUCAGGUCGGCGGUCCACAUUAUGAAGUCAAGUUAGGCCGGAAAGAUGGGUUGGAAUCGAAAGCUUCAAACGUCGAAGGUAAGCUCGGCCGGCCGAAUAUGACGAUGGACAAAAUCAUUAGUAUUUUCGAAUCCCACCGUUACACCCACCGUGAAAUGGUGGUUCUGAUGGGUGGCGGCCACACCAUCGGCUUCGCUCACUGUAAGGAAUUCGAGAGCCGGCUAUUCGGACCAAAACCCGACCCGUCAGUCCACCCGAGGUUAGCCGAAAGAUUAAAGGGGAUGUGUGCCAACAGCUCGUCGGACCCGGCGAUAUCGGCGUUUCUCGACCCGAUAUCCGCCGGAAACUUCGAUAAUAUGAUAUUUAAAAACCUGUUAAACGGGUUGGGAGUGUUGGGUACGGAUCAAGCAAUGGCAUCCGACCCGAGAACCCGACCGUUUGUGGAGGAGUAUGCUAGAGAUUCGGUUGUGUUCUUUAGGGAUUUCGCACGUGCGAUGGAAAAGACAAGCGUGUACCGAGUCAAAACAGGAAGUCAAGGGGAAAUUAGACGCAGAUGUGAUGCAUUUAAUAACCUUCCAACAGGCACAAAAUAA